AUGCCUCGUAAAGCAAAGGUACACUCGGAGAUCGAUGACGACGGUGAUAUUGAAAUAACCGUCAAACAACCUACUCCCCCUUCAUCGUCUCCCUCAACGAUAGUCAAAGGUAGAGGUAAAAGCACCUCUGGAAGCGGUACGAGGACACCUCCUCCUACUGGACUGAGACAGAGGAUUAAGAGUACCGUAGAUGAGAUAAGUAAAGAGACUGAAGAGCUGCACGUGAGAUUGAGGAAGAAGGAUGACGGACAUUAUAAGCUACUAGCUCCUGGAACACCAUUCAACGAAAUAGACCUUAGCGAAUCCACAUUUUUUAGACAUGAUGGACAUAAAAGCAAACCUACUUGGAAAUCAUGGUUAUUCGGACUAAAAUUCGUCUUCCCCGCAGGUGUCAUACUGGGUAUCUGUUUAGCUUUAUGGGCAGUCGACCUGACUACUCUACCCGCCGAUAUGAAAGAUAUCUGGACUACUUUACCUGCUGCCUUGGAUCCCAGGGAUUUAUUGGCUAAUCUGACUGUCGUCGAGGGCGCAAGACGAGCAUUGGAAAAUCGAGAUUUCACCGUUGGUGAAUCUCUAGUCGAGCAAUAUGGUUUACAGAAACACCAUCCGAUAGUCUUGAUACCUGGGAUCGUAUCUACCGGUUUGGAAAGCUGGGGUACGGAAAGUGUAGCUAGACCAUUCUUCAGGAAGAGAUUAUGGGGUACCUCGACGAUGAUUCGAGCUGUGUUGACUAACAAAGAAAGAUGGAUUCAGGCGUUAUCUAUUGAUCCUGAGACUGGCUUAGAUCCUCCCGGGUUUAAGAUCAGAGCGGCUCAGGGAUUGGAUGCUGCAUCCGAAUUCAUUCAAGGAUACUGGAUAUGGCAGAAGAUCGUCGAGAACUUGGCUACGUUGGGGUACGAUACUAAUUCUAUGGAUAUGGCUGCAUAUGAUUGGCGAUUGGCCUAUUACAAUCUUGAAACUAGAGAUGCGUACUUCACAAGAUUGAAAGGUAGGAUAGAAACUAUGAGAAGACACAAUGGUCAGAAAGUCGUACUUUGUUCACACUCCUUGAAAUGGGUCGAAUCGGAUCCAAAGGAGAACAGGUUUGGUGGAGGAGGAGGGGCGGCUUGGGUCGAGGAAAACAUUGAAUCCUGGAUCAACGUUGCUGGAACGAUGUUGGGUGUAUCAAAAGCAAUGACCGCUUUCUUAUCUGGAGAAAUGAGGGACACUGUCGAGUUGCAUCCUGCCGGUUCAUGGGUUUUGGAAAAGUUUUUCUCACGCAGAGAAAGGGCUAAACUGUUUAGAAGGUGGCCAGGAUCAACUUCGAUGUGGAUGAAAGGCGGCAAUCGAAUAUGGGGCAAUGAUAGCUCUGCGCCGGACGAUCCAACUAACGCCACCGAUACACACGGUCGAUUCUUCUCGUUCCGCCAUCCCGGUACUUCCGAGGAGGAGUCCUCGUUGAACAGCUGGACUGUUUCUCCAAACUUGACCUUGAACGAGGCUGGACCUUAUGUUCUGACCCAUACACCGCCGAGUUUCCAGAGGAUGAUGGAAAGUAAUUAUAGUGUUGGGUUUGAAAGGGAUGAAGAGCAAUUGAAGAGGAAUGAUAGGGAUCAUACCAAAUGGAGUAAUCCUCUUGAAGUCAGAUUGCCUGAAGCUCCUUCAAUGAAGAUAUAUUGUUUGUAUGGUCAUGGGAAGGAGACAGAGCGAUCGUACUGGUAUAUGCAAGGAGAGUACGAGCAUGAUGAUACGCGUUCAGACGCGGAGAAUGAAGAUGCCUAUUGUGAUACAACAGACCCUUCAAACGGAUGCGACAACUCUACCACUCUCCGCGCACCAUUAGACUUCCCCUUAUCGCGUAAACAUUGGAUAGAUUCGGUGGUUACUGUCAAAGGUUCAAACCCCGAAGUACGAUCCGGUGUGAAGUUCGGUGACGGCGAUGGGACGAUACCUGUGAUCAGUCUUGGAAGUAUGUGUGUGAAGGGAUGGAAUGGGACUACUAGGUGGAAUCCCGCUGGUAUUGAAGUUAUCACGCAAGAGUAUCUGCAUUCACCUGAAAGUAUGGAUCUACGUGGAGGUGCACAAACAGCGGAUCACGUUGAUAUCCUAGGAGCUACACCACUCAAUACGGCGAUACUGAAGAUAGCAGCUGGGAGAGGUGAUUUGGUAACUCAACAGAUCGGUUCGGAGAUUUUCGAGUAUGUCAAGAAGCAGGACUGGGAUUAG